AUGUCAAAAUAUUUAUAUGAUUCCGCAUUACUUCACAUUUCAUUACCUACACUUUCCACAAUAACGGAUUAUCAUAAGGACUUGAUAAAAUCUUCAGUUAAUCGAGUCUCGAAUUUAUUAACAAUACUUAUAUCUUGUUCUGAAAUAAAUCGUUACGCAAGUGAUCCUUUAGCUUGUUGGACUCGAGUUCAUAACUUAUUAAGUGCGUUAUAUGUCUUUGGAACAAAAGUAGCUUAUGAGACUGAUAAGCCCUUCCUUGAUAUUGAUAUAAUAUUUGAUAAGUGGUGUGGAUAUCAAGUUGAAUUAAGGCAUUUUAAUGUUUUAUUUGGACCCAUAACUGAGAAGGAGCUUUUACAACAAUUCAACGAAACUCGCAAGAAUUCUUUAUUGUCAAACUUACCGAUACAUAUUCUCGAAUCAAAAAUAACUCCAUCCUCAAUCGAUUUGAUCGAUUCUAAUAAAACUCCUUUACAGCCUAGUAAUCAAAAGAUAUUUGAUCAUGUUGCUGUCGGUGGAACAUUCGAUCAUUUACACUCCGGGCAUAAAAUCCUUUUAACAAUGGCAGCGUGGAUAGCUGGAAAAAGGUUAAUUUGCGGUGUUACUGAUAAUACUAUGCUUGAUAAUAAAAAAUUUAAAGAACAGUUAGAAUCAAUAGAUACUCGUAUUGCAAAAGUCAAACAAUUCUUAGAAUCAAUUCGUCGGGGUUUGAUUUAUGAGGUAAUUCCAAUUUAUGAUGCAUAUGGUCCAACCACAACAGAUGCUGAAAUUAAAGCCAUAGUUAUAUCCAAAGAAACUAUUAAUGGAGCCCAUUCCAUUAACAAAGAACGCGAAAAGAAAGGAUUUCAACCACUGUACCUGGCAAUAAUUGAGGUUAUUUCUUCUUCAAAUCCUUCUCUUUCAGAAAAUGAAUUAAAAAAUCUCAAGCUUAUGAAGAUAGAAAAAUAG